AUGCCGCGAAGUCAGCUCGAGCAGAACUUGUCGGAACUACAAGCUCUUCAGCAUGAGCUCAGCUGGAGUGAUCGUCCGGUCUCCCCGGUGGAAUCCCUGAGUCGAAAUUCUUCCAAGUGGCUGAAGCACAGGCACCGUCCCCUUCCGGCUGGUGCCCCAGCGCCCGGUGCUCUAGGGGCCCUAUUGGGUGUGCCACAUCCGGGCGAUGCGUCAGCCUCAAACUUGGAGGGACCCCCGCAGGACGCCGGGCUCCAGGCGCUGGAGUCUCUGGCCAAGGCGGCUUCCUCUCAGUCGCGGAUAGCAAAAGCUUCUGGGCACCGCGCGGCCAAAGCGACCGCGGCGGUAAGCUCUUUGCCAGUUAUUGCGCCGGUGGCAGUCGCAAAGAUGCCGAACGCACGAGGCGGCCAUCAGCGCCUUGGAAGCUUCUUGUGA